GUUCAAAUAUAUGUAACUACAAACAUUUUACUUAAUGUGCUUCAUUUGUAGAUUAAAGGUCUCUCAUUUCACAUCAAGUGGAGAUGGCAUCAAAUGUUACAGCCCAAUCAGUGUUGGAGAAGAUCAGUGUGGAUCAUCUGGAAUGCUACAUCUGCACCAACCGUUUCAGGCAGCCCAAACUGCUGGACUGUUUGCAUAGUUUUUGCCUGCAAUGCCUCCAAGAGCUCAUACAGAGCCAAGAUCCUAGUGGUACAAAGCUGACAUGUCCUCUGUGCAGACGUGAAACCAUGUUAAAAGGGUCCGGGGUUGCUGAUCUCCCUAAUAACUUUUCAUUCAGUGCCCUGGUGGAGGAAGUUACAAUGCAGGAAAAGCUACUGGAAGGUCAAGGGUCAGACAUCAAAUGUCAAGCCUGUGAUGAGGAGAAUCAGGGUAUUUCAAGAUGCAUGGACUGUGAUCAUUUCCUCUGCCAAGAAUGUCAAAAGGCACAUGGACGAAUGACUGCCAUGAAAUCUCACAAACUCUACACACUGGCUCAACUUCAAUCAGGAGAGAUUGUCUACAAGAGUAAACUAAGAGCAGAAGUUCCCAAGUGUUGCAAGCACCCAGAUCAGAAUCUCAAUGUCUACUGCAACUCAUGUGAGCAAGUCAUAUGCACAACUUGCUCUGUACUUGAUCAUUCAAAACACUCACUCACUGGUUUACCUGAGGCAGUAGAGGAAUGUAAGAAGAAGGUCACAGAAAUGGUCCAAAAAAGUGAGAGAAGAAAAGCAGAAUUGAGCACCACUAUAGAAGAGAUGAGCAAAUCUCGCAAAGAGCUGGACACCAUGUUUGCCAACACUCAAAAGAAAAUCUCCCAAAAGCCUCAACAGCAGAUUAUGAAGCUCCAACAGGAGGUUGCAAAGAUACAGAAGGAGAUUGCAAAAAUCCAAAAGGAAGAACAGAAAUUGUUGAAAGAAACAGACAUGAUUUAUAAAGACAAAAUCAAAGCUCUUGAAGCUGCUCAAGCAACCAACAGGAAAGAGGUGACACAGACAGAGCACAAGCUGGAGGAGGUGAAACAACUCAUGAAUCAAGCAAGUUGC